AUGGAAUGCGCAAGUCAUUAUAGCGUUUACGUCAAUCUGACAAUAGUGAAUGUAGAGGAAAUUAAGGUGCUGUGCGGUGCAGUGGCGGGCGCAGGCGAGCUCAUGGGCGACGUGGUGGGCAACGCGAGCCGCGUGCGACGCGCACAACCGCACCACUCCCACCGCGUGCUAACGGAAGAGGAGAUGGACGCGACGGCCGCUUGGAAGCGGUCACACUGGCGAGAGAUGCAGUCCAUCCUCCGGCGAGAGGGCUCGCAGAAAGACGAAGUCGAGUGCUGCCCCUCAGUAGUCGAGAUGGUAGAGACGAAGGGUGGCAAAACGCCCUCCGGCCUCUACGUAGAACUGUACAAGGACGGCGAGAAUACGCAAAGACUUUACGAACUUUCAUGUGCGCCUGGCGUUAAGGACAUGCCGUGUCGUUUUGUUGACGCGCGUCUCUACAACCACUCUAAAUGCGUGCAAAAGUAUUCGUAUUCCUACGCGUUAGUCCGUUACACCACCGAGGUGCCCCACCGACAUCGGAACGAGGGCCAUUUCUCCGUCCCAGGUGGGUGGUCCAUGGACUAUGUUAUAGUUCGCGCCGGUUGUGAGUGCCAAAUUAAACCGCCUAACCGUAAGUCCGCGCAUCGGAAGCGUCUAGAAAGACACAGAAAUAGGAAGAAGAACAGAAGAUUGGAAGAGGACGACGACACCUGA